CAGAGGAAAUAUACAUAUACACUAAAAUUACAAGGAAAUCAAGCUAUCAUGAAAAAUAUUUCUUUCUUACUGGAUGGAUACAGAGGAAUAUAUGGCCAGAGAUAUAUUUUUGUAUUUGUGCUAUCUUUACUAUACCCAGUCAUGAUAAUUUCUAACAGUGUACUCAUCUAUGUAAUAUGUGUUGAAAGAGGGCUACAUAAGCCAAUGUACAUCUUUAUUUGCAAUUUGGCAUGUAUUAAUUUAUAUGGCGGAUCUGCUGUUACACCUUUUAUUUUGACUAAAAUUAUUACAGAAAACUAUCAAAUAACAUGGCUUGAUUGCCUUGUGCAAAUCUUUAGUUUAUUUACCUAUGGUGGCUGUGACCUAACAAACUUAACAGUUAUGGCUUAUGAUCGAUAUAUAUCUAUAUGCUAUCCUUUAGAAUAUGCAAAAAUAAUCACCCCUAAAAAAGUGGCAAUAGGUGUUGCAGUUUCUUGGCUUUUGCCAUUUUUGCGAUCAACUGUCACCAUCUCAAUUACAGCGAACCUUUACAUUUGUGGAGUAAUAAUUGAAAAAGUCUACUGUGAUAAUUUUUCUGUGGUGAAGCUAGCAUGUUCUGACACUUUAAGUAACAAUAUAUAUGGUGUAUUUAUGAUGUCCCUUACCUCCCUGCUGGUUGUCACAAUUUUCUACACUUAUGUGAGGAUCAUCUUUAUCUGCUUGAAGUUGUCAAAAGGAGGUCGAGUUAAAUUCAGCACAUGUAUCCCGCACUUAAUAGCACUACUAAACUUUUUAAUCGGUGUUUGCUUUGAAUUGUUCCAAAGUCGAUUCAAUAUGCGUCAUGUGCCUUACACUGUUCGUGUCAUACUAUCAUUGUAUGUUCUUAUUCUGUCCCCAAUUAUAAAUCCAAUCAUAUAUGGAGUGAAAACUCAAAAAAUAAGGGAGAACAUAAUUAAAAGAUUUGUUGUAAGUGACACUUAAGGUAGCUUCUGGAAUCUGUGGAACAAGUUCUUUGUGCUAUCUAUCUCUGAGGAAACUUGCAAUGAACUUAUUUGUAAAUGGUAAAACAAAUAAAUGACAAUAUACUGUUUUCUGCUAUCAUCUAAAACUUAAUGUGCAUAAAACAUUAGCCCGUUAUAUGUAAAUGCAGUGUAAGUGCUUUGUAAUUUCGACAGUCUAAGGGUUGCUGAGCAGUUUUGAGGUUUACAUAAUUUGCUCAGAAGUGCACUGACAAAUACAAUAUAGCUCACUGUAUUAUUACCUACUGCCCUUCAGUUGUCAAAAAAAGUUUUAUCUGCAUUUAUUUAUUUAUCUUACACAGAUCAGAACCAGUGGCUUAUGUCUACAUAGAUGCCCUUUACAGAGCGCUUUUGUUGUGUAACUGCUUUAUAUUGUUUCGUAGCAUAGGCAUUCGCAAACUAUAU